GUUCCUUUCUCUACUCUUCCCUUCCAACAGCUGGAUGGAAACAGUUGCUCUUCCUUCUCAGAGUACGGAUUCAACUCAACGUCGACCUAAAUAUCGGCCCCCGAAGCGCCGGAACAAUAAUACAAAGGGCACAGCAGAAGAACAGUCGUCGACCAAUUCUUCGAAAAGAGAGGUAGAGACUCCUCCAGAUGGCUCUUCGCGUAAUAAGCAACGACGAGGACCAAAGCCUCGUCCUGCUGGGACGUCCAACGACUCUACGAAGAGCCGAGGGAGCAAUGUCGAGCAUGCAGAAGGCCCGUCCAAUUCACAACGACCUGGACAGCAACAUAAACCUCGACCACCUGGUGAUGCCCCGUCAGAACAGCCAUCUUCAUCGCUACCAACAAUUCCGGUAGUUAAACCCCCGGGCGGCAGCCGUAGGAAAACAAAAUUCAACGCUGAACUUACAACCGAUUCAUCUUCCCAGCGCCCACCCGGACGGAAGAAGGGCAAAGCCAAGGACCUCCCCAGCGACCAAGCCGACGACCUCACUUCCAUCCUCAUACGUGGUCUCAGCACUCACCCUUACUCUGAUUGUCCCAUUUGCUUCAACGACAUACGUCCACCCCAUCCUACAUGGAGCUGUUCCCCUUCCAUUCCCAUACUCCCUCCCGGAGACUCCGCGGAACCCUUCGUGCCCCAGUAUUGUUGGACGACGUUCCAUCUCAAAUGCAUUCGCUCGUGGUCGGAGAAGAGUUACAACGAUGUUAAAGAGGCUUGGCGUGCCCGCGGGGAGGACAGAGGAGGCGAAUGGAGGUGUCCUGGGUGUCAGGGAAAGCGAGGAGUGUUAAUUGGCGGCUAUCAAUGCUUUUGUGGGUCGACGCCAUCGCCUAAUGCCCGUCUCGCAACACCUCACUCGUGCGGGAACCCUUGCUCGCGACCUCGUGUUGGCUGUCCUCAUCCCUGUUCGCUCUUAUGUCAUCCAGGUCCUUGCCCUCCGUGUAAAAUCAUGCUGGAAGUCCCAUGUGGAUGCCCUCAUCGGCGUAUCAUCCCAGUUCGGUGCGGGGAAGACACAAGGGUUUCGUGCAAUGCUGUCUGCUCGAAGCGUCUCAAUUGCGGGAAACACUUUUGCCAAAAAACGUGUCAUCACGGAGAUUGCGGAAGCUGCGAUCUGCGCGAGAUGAGUAAAUGUUGGUGUGGUAAAGCGCAAAGAGAGGUGGCUUGUGGAGAAGGGGAUCAAUGGUCGGGUACGAUUGGAUGCGGUGAAGACGAACAAGGGACUUGCGACGUGAAAGGUUUCUCUUGUGAUAGUGUGUGUCAAAGGCUGUACGAUUGUGGCGAACACCAGUGUCAAAAGCCUUGUCAUCCUUCUUCGUCUGCCGCUGCUCAAUGUCCCUUCUCACCAAACAUAAUCACAACAUGCCCUUGUGGAAAAUGCACGAUCACGCCUCCCGGAAUGGAUGCUGCAAAAUACGACUUUCCAUUGCGCUCUACUUGUUCGGCGCCGAUCCCGACUUGUGACUCGCCGUGCAACAAACUUCGCGCAACUUGCGACCAUCCUUGUAAUGUCAAAUGUCAUACUGGAGAAUGCCCACCCUGUUCUGAAGGAAUCAUUCGUCCCUGUCGAUGUGGGCAUAUUCGUCGAAGCAUUAAAUGUGGCGAUCUCUAUGAUACGGACCACAAGGAAAUCGACAUUCUAUGCAGUAAACCGUGCACUGCGCUUCGAGCAUGCGGGAAGCACCAGUGUAACCGUAUCUGUUGUCCGCUUGCGUCGCUGGCAGUCAAAUACAAGGGUAAGGGACGUAUGACCAGAUCCGUGGAGGGGAUUGGGGAAGGUCCAGGAGGUUUGCACGAAUGUGACCUGAUCUGCGGGAAGAUGCUCGCUUGCGGAAAUCAUCAGUGCGAAGAGCGAGACCACAAGGGACCGUGUGGCCCGUGUCUGAGGAGCUCGUUUGAAGAGCUGAUCUGCUUCUGUGGGCGUACAGUGUUGGAACCUCCAAUUCCAUGCGGAACGAAGAUCGAGUGCCGAUAUCCCUGCGCAAUGCCUGACCCUCCUUGUGGGCAUCCAAAAACUCCCCACGUUUGCCAUGGAGACGACAUUCCUUGUCCUCCUUGUUUCUCCUUGACGAAACGGCUAUGCGCAUGUGGAAAGAACGAAGUCGAUAACAUAAGAUGUUCGUUGCCCCGUGAGAAGGUUAGUUGCGGGACCGUAUGUGGCAAGCUCAUGGGUUGUGGGUUCCAUCAUUGUGAACGAGUAUGUCAUGUUGAUGAAUGCGGGGCAUGUACUUCAAUAUGUGGAAAGCCGCGUAAGCUGUGUUUGCCGUCUCAUCAUCCUUGCGCCGAUCCUUGCCACGCCCCGUCUGCUUGUUCCGAAGUAGGGCCCUGUCAAUCAGUUAUCACCCUUCUGUGUCCUUGCGAGAGGAUCCGACAAUCUGUACGCUGCGGACGGAGCAUCAGCAAUACUGCGGGUAGGAAUGGUCAGCAGCAGCUGAAAUGCACUUCGGAAUGCGCAAUAGCCAAGAGAAAUGCGCGUUUGGCGGAGGCGUUGGGUAUUGACACUGGUUCCCGAGACAAGACUGCGUCGGCAGCCGUUUACAGCGAUGAACUUGUCGGAUUCGCUAGGCUCAAUGAUAAGUUUCUUGCAGUGGUAGAGAAAGCCUUUGCCGAUUUCAUUGGAUCGAGCAAAAAGACCCAAGUAUUACCGCAUAUGCCUCCAGACCGAAGGCAAUUUGUUCAUGGACUUGCAAGCAUAUACAGAAUGGAUACCCAGAUGGUGGAUCAGGAACCGCAUCGAAGCGUCGAACUGAUACGCCGUAUAGAUACAAGAAUACCUUCGCCACUUCUCUCCUCGCAUGUCGCCCCAACACGACCUCCGUCACGACCGAAUCUAGGCAGACUCGGGAACUUGCGAAGUGCUGAGGUAGUGAGUCAGCUUCCAUCGCAGCAGACAGCAACGAAGCCUAUUGUUAGUGCUGGGAGAGGAUGGACCGGGCCUGUCAGCCGAUCUUCGACUCCCCCUAGCGUGCGCGUGCCGGAUCUGCAGAAUUCUCGAACUACUGCUCCUCGGGCUUCGACAUCUGUACCGCCGCCCCAGUCGAGAGACGAGGAGUUGAACGUUCCUGAGAAUUGGGAAGAUGAUGUCUAACUUGGGUGGUUGUCAUUGCUAAAAAUACAGUAUAGUAGGGUGUUGUUAUACAAUUGAAUUAAGUAGAGCUAA